GAACCAGAGUGUACGAAGUAGUUGUUUACCUCAGGGACGUACGAAUCGACGGACCUCGGCAGGGUGCGCUCAGACGGGCUGUGUAAACCAGAGCAAAGUUGCCACCAGUAAACCCAGCAACCUACCUCUUCAGGAAGGGGUAAACCGCAGAGGGAGUAGGAGUGGACUUCAUGAUGCAGGUGGCUGUUGUGGGAAGCAAGGUGGUGGCGUUGGGGUGUGGGACGAGGUCGUGGUACCCUGUGGCCCAAGCAACGGCAGCCUUAGCCGGACUCCAGACUGUCAGAUGGAGAAAACCAAGAUGGCUUCCUCCAGCCAAGAGCAAAAUGUUCAAGGUUCCUCCACGUGUAACUGUUCCUGAGGAGGAAGAAAUCGAGAUGAAACGCUUAUACAACAUAUACCGAACUCAAGUUAAGGCAGUCAGGUACUGUAGUGCUUAUUUAUUUAUUUAUUUAUUUUGUAAUCUAUUUAUUUUGAUAACCUUUUUGAAACAGAGUGCAGAAGAAGAGGCCGAACAUCAGUACCUCAUGGAAUACAACCAUCAAGAGAAUUUAAGAGUGGCAGCAUUGAGAGAGGAAAGGGUUAAAAUGGAGUUUGAAGCAGAUUUGGCUCGGAUUGAAGUUUCUAGAGAGAAACUAGCAAAGAAAACUCUGGAGGCUGAGGAAGAAGCACUACGGAUUAUUACUGAGACGCAGGAGUUGGUGAAGACUUUCAUCAAGCAGGAGGAUUUGGAAAAAGCCAUUGAAACUGCUUUGGCGAACCCAGUUGAUUAUAACUAUGCCAUUGACCAGGAGGGCCACAUAUUCCGUGGAAGCAAAACAAGACCUGGAGAUAUUGCUAAAGAAGACUGGGAAAAGCUUAUAAGUGUGGCACAGUAAUAACAAAGUUGGUUUUGUGUAGUGGGGACAGCACUAUGUCCCCACUUGUGAUAUCAGCUUGAAAUCACUUGUCGAUACUUUGUGAAAGAUGUACAGGAUGAGGUGUAUAUGAUCAACCACCAUUGAAGGCUGUUAAUCCUAAUGGUAAAUUGCCUUGUAACAGUGCUAUGAACUAGUGUCCAUCAGACUUUGUGUUGGAUAACAUUUAUCACUUGCCAUUUUAAAAGCUACAAUGAAGUACCAUAAAUGUUCAAGUUAUUCAAUAUAUAAGACUUUAAUAUUCAUCUGAUGAAAUUUGAAGCAUAGUUCAUGAUAAUGUUUUGUAUAAUAUUUAUAUAUUGUAUAAUUUUGUAUAUAUGGUCUGGUCAACUCGCCUGUUAGACUGCUGCCCACAAUUUGACACAUGAAUAUUAAUGUUUUGUAUAAUGGCUAAGUCAAGGUGUGCAAUGUUUACAUUUCGGUGUGCUUUAGACAAUUAGUACUGUACUUUUAUCUUUACCAGGAAUAAAUUGUAUGAAAAUUUUGCAUUCUAAGGUAAUGAAUAAUUAUUUUUCUGAUCUUGUUUACUCUACAAGAACACAAAGGAAAUUGAGAUUAUACUGUACUUAUUUUGAGAAACGGACAGCCAGGGGUAAAACCCAGGUAGGUACAACCCAACCUGGGUUUUACCCCUGGCUGUCCGCUUCUCAAAAUAAGUACUGUACAGUAUAAUCUCUUAUUUCCUGUGUGCUCUUGUGGAGUAAACAAGAUCAGAAAAAAUAAUUAUUCAUUACCUUAGAAUACAAUUUAUUCCUGGUAAAGAUAAAAGUACAGUACUAAUUGUCUAAAGCACACCGAAAUGUAAACAUUGCACACCUUGACUUAGCCAUUAUACAAAACAUUAAUAUUCAUGUGUCAAAUUGUGGGCAGCAGUCUAACAGGCGAGUUGACCAGACCAUCAGCCAGGCCGUAGACCUGGCUGUAUGGUCAAAGAUCCUCGGAACCACCUCAAGGUAACCCAAAGGCAAGGAUCUAAAUCUAAGGCGAGUUGCACCUUCAGUGAAACUGGUAGGAUUUUUCCUACAUUUAAGUUAGUCUGCUGUAACCUCUUAAUACGAACAUGGGUACAAUACCGAAUAAUUGUUCAAAGUUGUUUAUAUAAACGGACAUAAAAAGCAGAGAAUGUACAUAAUUUUAAUUCUUUAUAAUAGGCAAACUUAUUGAAGUCUAUACUGUCUGUACCAAUGUCUUGGUGGUAAUGUACUUGGGUUCACUAAAUUUGUGAGUUAAUAGGCAUAUUAGGGCAUUAAGGCAUUUAAACAUUGGCAGAUAUUUUUGUGCUGUUUGUAUACAGUGUUCCUCAGUAGAGACGUGUUGAAUAGGUAACUAUGAAUAAUAUGUUUCACUGAUAAACAAUAAUUCGGUGGCAGUAGUUGUCCAAUAAAAGAUGAAAACUC